AGGUGGGAGGAGCCAGGCCGAGAGUGGGCGGCGCGAGGUGCCUGCGGGACCCCAGGCCCGGAGCUCUUCGUCCCCGUGUCUGCGCGUUCGCCCCUGCUACUCCAGUGUCCCUUCUGCGGAACGCUGGGCUCCAGGACUCGCUUCUAUUGCCAGCGUAGACGUGUUCCAAGAGCAUCAGCCGACCAACUCCCUCUCGCUUGGCGUCCCGCCCUAUUCCUGCCCCUCUGGAUCCAGAGGUCAAUCGGAAACCCCUGGUUAGUGGUGAGAAGAGGACCCCGGUGUCCCGGCAGUGGGCGCCCGAGGGAACUGGAAAUGGGCAGCCUCGAGGGGUGCAUCUGGGGACGUGAAUGGCUCUGAGACCCUUGCCACCUGCCUUUCCUCCCAGCCAUGGCCGCGCUGGUGGUCCUCGCCAUUGACGCUGGGUCCAUUGACGCUGCCUUGAGAGCGGCUCCAAAGUAGGACUCCAGAGUCUGGAGCAGCAUGGGCACUGAGAAGGAAGAGCCCGACUGCCAGAAACAGUUCCAGGGCGUCAGCGUCAUUCAGAACCUGCCUAAGAAUGGCUCUUACCGCCCCUCCUAUGAAGAGAUGCUGCGAUUCUACAGCUACUACAAGCAGGCUACCAUGGGGCCCUGCUUGGUUCCCCGGCCUGGGUUCUGGGACCCCAUCGGACGUUACAAGUGGGAUGCCUGGAACAGCCUGGGCAAGAUGAGCAGGAGGGACGCCAUGUCUGCCUACAUCUCUGAGAUGAAGCUGGUUGCACAAAAGGUGAUCGACACAGUGCCCCUGGGCGAGGUGGCAGAGGAUAUGUUUGGUUGUUUCGAGCCCCUGUACCAGGUGAUCCCUGACAUGCCGAGGCCCCCAGACACCUUCCUGAGAAGGGCCACAGGUUGGAAAGAGCCAGUGCUGCAGAGAGCCGAUCAGACCGCUCCAGAGCCUUCUUGCCUCCCCAAGGAGCCAGUACCUCCUCCAAGCCCAGAGUCCCCGCCACCCCGGGACUUGGAGCUGGAGGUUUUCUGUGACUCCCUGGAGCAGCUAGAGCCAGAGUUGGCUUGGGCAGAGCAGAGGGGAGCAGCUGGCAGAGAGCUGGACACCAGAGGCAGCCCUGAGCCCCCCAGUGAGAAAGAGGGGUUGGAAGGCAGCCUGAUGGGGCCCCAGGAAUUGGACAGAUGGCUGGUAGGGACAGUCCGGGCCAUGCAGGAAAGCAUGAGGAAUGUCCAGAGGAGACUGCAGAGCCUGGAGAGCAAGCCCCAGCCACGGGAGCAGAGGCCACCCAGGACUCGGCUUUGGCCCCUAGGGCUUUCGGCUCCCACGCUGCUCUUCUUUAUCCUGUGGCCCUUCGUUGUCCAGUGGCUCUUCCGACAGUUUCGGACCCAGAAGAGGUGACUAGAGGAAAGGGUCUCUAAGCAACUGAGAAGGCUAUGAGGAGUCCCCACGCGUCCUGCUGUGCCCUGAGCCUCCCUAGGUUUAGGGAAACAGCAUUAGCAAUCCCCCUCCUAUCUUCCUUCACCCUGGCACUCCCUCCUUUAGUGGGGGCCCCAUAAGACCCCCCCCUUCCCCUGCAGCUCGGUUGACGCCCGGGGUCCCCAGGCUGUCGGGUUGGCUGCUGUCAUGGUGCACAUCCUAGCCUUGGGGCUGGCGGUGAGCACCCUCCGACCCCCCCCCUCUGGGUCACCUGACUUUGCUCCCGCCGAGUCGGCUCCCUGCCGAGGCUCCGCUCUUGGGCAAGUUGGGACUUGGACCUGGCCUGAAGACUGAUUGGCUGGAAGGUUACAGGAAAGACUGGAGCCCGGAGGACCGGGGAGGAAUGGGAGGAGUGUGCAGGCUGGGGGCUGGGACGCCCCGCACACACGCACAAGUACACGUCGCGCUCAGGACUUCACUGAAGAUUCACGUGCAAUUGAACGCUUCAUUAAACAAAAGGAAACCUCA